GCCGCCAUGGCUCCGGCGCAAUACAUACUCGUUUCCCUGCCCCUCCGCGUCUUCGAUGACGAUCCGCUCAAGUCCUUGGCCGCCACCGUGGGUCGUGACAAUGGCGAGGUGCUGCCCUACCCUGUCCCGUCGUUCAAGAUUGGCACACUCGACGCCCUGGUGCAACAUGCCGACGACCUAGCAAAGCUCAACGGCGCCUGCGAAGCUGCCGUCGCCAAGGUUGCCGAUUCCCUCAGAGGCAUUUUGGAUGGUGAUGAAGACCUAGUGGCUCAACAAAAGAUAGUCAAUGACAAACCCACGGAUCAGUACCUGCGCUCAUUCCAAUGGAACAAACUCCGCUACCGAGCUGAUCGGCCUCUGGUUGAGCUCAUCGAAAAUCUCCAAAACGACUUGCAAAACUCAGAUAACGAUGUCAAGGCCAAGUUCAACCAGUAUAACACCGUCAAGACGAAUCUCGCCGCCUUGGAGAGGAAACAAACAGGAAACCUCGUCACCAAGUCGCUCACGCCCAUCGUGGACCCAAAGCUCCUUGUACAGGACUCGGAAUACAUGGAAACGCACCUCAUUGUGGUGCCGACGAACGCACGGAAAGACUUCAUCCGCAGCUAUGAGACACUUGCUCCCAUGGUAGUGCCGCGGUCAUCUAUUCAGGUUGCUCAGGACGACGAAUUCACGCUGUUUGCAGUCACAACGUUUAAGAAGACGAGCGCCGAGUUUCUUCAAAAGUGCAGGGAGCACAAAUGGACCCCUCGCCAGUACAAGUAUGUGGAGGGCGGCAAAGAAGAAGAGCAACGCGAGCUCCAACGCGUCGAGAAGGAGGCGAGAAAGGUGCGGGCCGAGGCCCUUUUGCUGGGUCGGACAGGUUGGGGUGAGAGUGUGAUGAUUUGGGCACAUGUCAUGACACUUCGCGUCUUUGUCGAGACAGUGCUCAGAUACGGCUUACCCUUGGAGUUUGCGUCGGCACUUAUCAGAACAACGCCAAAACAAGCCAAGAAGGUCAAAACAGCCUUGGACUCGGCAUACUCGUACCUUGGGGGCAAUGCGUUUGGCCGGGACAAGCAUGGGCGGGUCACCAAGGACGAUGCAUCUCUAACAUCCGAAAUGGCAGCGGCGGGCCUUAGUGUGGGCGAGGGCAACGAGUACACCGCAUAUGUGUAUUAUGAAUUUGAUCUCCCGUAA